AUGGAAAAAAUUAUUAAAAAAAAUCAAGACACUUUAAAAUAUAAAUCACCAUCUGGUCAUGGUGAAAUAAUAAUUAAAAUGCCUUCUGGAACCAGUACUAAACCAUCUUUUUCCACACUGCAAGCAUCUUAUCCAUUGAAAUUUCUUUCACCUAAAACAUAUACACCAUAUCUUGCUGCCAUAUACAUUCUAACUUAUGGCGGUGGAAUGGUAUCUGGUGAUAAAAUCUUUAUUAAUAUUGAAUGUCAUGAAAAUGUCAACCUAAUGCUUUUAACUCAAGGUUCAACUAAAAUUUAUAAAAAACGACAGAUAUCAGAUCAAUUUAACAACAAUAAUGAUAAUGGGUUGGAAACAACACAGAACCUAAAUGUUAUUGUGCAGAAAAAUUCUUUUGUACUUCAAUUACCAGAACCAACAACAUGCUUUUAUGAUUCAGAAUUUGUUCAACAUCAAAAAUACUCAUUAGAGAAUCAUACAUCAUCUGUAAUUAUUCUGGAUUGGUUUACUAGUGGUAGAAUGUCUCGUGGUGAACUAUUGUAUGGACCAAAAGUUACUUUAUUAAUAAAUAAUAUUGUAGAAGAAUUUGAUAAAAUAGUUGUUGGCAAGGCAAGUAAAAUGCCUGAUUUGAUAUGGUCAUCUUCUGGAUUAGACACAAAACAACAUAAUGAUGGUGAGAUCUCUGAUUUGAAAGGAUUAGUGCUAAAGGUUGCUGGUGUGACUACUGAGAUUGUGAAGAAUUUUUUGAUCGAAGUAGCAUUAAAAGAUUUAGAUGAAUUGGUUGGUGAUAAUUUAUUUAAAAGAGCUCUAUAA